AUGGCUGCGAAUAGUGAUCGUCCGCCGUUCAGUAAGUUCCAGCGACCGAACUUGAAGGGAUUUGGUGACUUCAGGGGCGAUUUCAAAGGUAAGGGCAAGUGGUCCAAAGGCGGAAAAGGUGAGAAGGGUGGCAAAGGUGCCAAAGGCCAUGAGGCGCGGAAGGAGCUUCAGGGGCUUCAGUUGGUGUGGAGGACGCCGGACGGUCGGGAUCUUUGUUUUGGGUUCAAUGCAGGGCAUUGUUCAGGGAAGUGCAAUAGGGUGGGUGGAACUCCCACACCCAGCAUGGGGGUCGCUCCAUCAGCUCCAGUGCAACUUCCAAAUGUGAAGGUUUUGUACUUGUUCGCUGGGAAGCAGCGCCAGGCCGAUGUAGGUUCUUGUUUAAGACAGAUGCAGGCUAAAGGCCAAAUCGUCUUGGAGUUGCUUGAAUUCGAUAUUGCUCGUUCAGAAGAUCACGAUCUGCGCAGUGAUGAGUUGUGGCGACAGAUCACAGAUCGUUUACGGCUAGGCAAUUG